CUGUCUUGGUACAUGCCAUUUGGCAGUACGAGGUUGCUCUCCCCUGUCUAGGAAGACCAUAGUCACGAGUCUGAGAAGUGCAGCCUAAAACCAGCAGCUCGCGAGUGGGCAGUUGCCACCACUUCUUCGACUUCGCUUUUGAGCUGAAUAAGUCGAUCUAACACGGAGGCUCUGAAGUUGUGAAAGACGGGAGGAGAGGCUCUAACACCGAGAUACCGAGCUGUUUCAGUGUCAUGUCGAAAGGCGGACCUCAGAUUUUGGCUCUUUAAUCCUCUUGCCGGUGAAAGGCGCAGCAACGCGUACGUGUUCCGUGAGCUCCCAGAUCGCCCCUCUUGGGUGCUCAUUCGCAGCAGAAGCGACAGAAAACGAAUAAAGCUAUUGGACACGUACUGGCAGGAAUGGCUUUCCAGCCCCUCUAUUGGCGCUGCAUUUGCGCCCUUCUCGGGAACCUCCUGCUUAACGUAUGUCUUCUGUCUUUUAUUCGGCCAAUCAGUGCAGGAGCUGAAGGGUCCCGCUUGACGCGUCAGAUUGGCUCAGCUUGUAACCUGAACGACGUCAAUAAUGCAGUCUCUUUAUCGAGCCUCCCAGCCGGUCUCUGGUACUACAACAUCAGUCACCCAAGCACUAAUGGCUUGUGCAAGGAAGAACCAAAUGCGGGUCACUCUCUUUGUGGAGUGAUUGGCGCCCGUGUCUGUGAAAAGAGCAAGCAAGCAGCUUGUGCAGACCCAGCGACAAAGCCGCUGCAUUCACGGGCGGAUCUUGUGCUACAGAAGACACAGAUGUGCAAGGCAGCACGUGUGUUUGCUGUAACCCUGGGCAGCGAUUGUAACCUGAUUGUGGACUGUGAGUAUGUGGACGCAAGUCGGCUGUCGACAAGGAUCCUUGUGGAAAAUUCCUACUACAGUAAGCCUCCGACUGACAGCCCGAGUGCUCAGCCUGAGGCAAACCUCCUGCCAAAGGCAGGUGACGUCGUGCUGACGUCAGCAUACGCGGUGGGCAUCGUCAAAUACGUCUGCAGCCAAGGUAGCCAGUCCCCCAGCAAUGUUUCAUCUGCCGCUGACCUUUACUCCAAUGAUCCAACAUACAACCGAGUGGGCACGUAUCUCAGCACAAAUGAAAGCCAGUAUUUCCUCUUCAACUCAAGCGGACCUUUCGCAACUAGUACCUUCAAUGCCACGGCAACCAUAAACUCAACCAGAGCGACAGGGAAGGUGUAUCCGUCUUCGGAUCUGGAUGGUCCUUACUAUGGUUCCCUAGACCAGAGUUACUCAACGGCUACCGGCACGCUGGGUUUAGCUUCGGUGAGAUAUAUCACGACGACGUCGACUUAUGGCGGCCUCCUUCCCCCGUACACCACGUGCGCAAAGCUGCCCAUUCCGGGUGUGGUUCAAGCGCCAUUCAGCGUCCCGUUUCAGGCAAACUUCACGUUCUUCAGUGCAUACACACCUCCUAUCUGAGCGAACUACUUUGAUCUAGCACAUCUCAGCUUUCGCUCUCACCCACGUGGAUUCAAGACGUACUGAGGACCAGCUCUUUCUAGCUUCUCGGUUCCAUUGGCUGCUAACCGUCCUAUUGGCUGAUCGACUGUUACGUGACGGUUAUCGUAGUUGAAGUUGGUUUUGGAUAUGGGCCGGUUGAAUUGAAACAGAGGAAUAACCUUGCACGAGCUCGCAGUCGAUCGAAGGCGUGAAGGUACGUACGGCACCUGCUACCGUAGUACGGGCCCGGGGCAACAGAUGCAGUGAGCUUGCAUGUGGUGUGACACGUACAGCUGACUCAUUGCGAUCAGACCGUCGGUGUAUACUUUGGAAGUUUGUCAUGGUUGCAGCCAUGCACUGCCACGCCAUACAGCGAAAUUGUAACUACCUUGUGAAUAUCAUUAUAACUCUGUAGACUGUGAGUAAGCU